AUGUCCGAUAACCACGGGUCCAAAAUCGACAAAUGCAAUGAUGGUGAUUGGGAAAUAGUGGAACUCGAAGAGUCCCAUCAAGAACACGCUGAUGAGGCUAUUCGUCCGAUUCUAGGCCUCUACUGCAGUGGCAAGUUCGCAUUGCAGAUAAAUGGUAGAGAGAAUACGCGUCGCACGGUCCUACCAGAACCAGGGCGUCACAACUACAAAUUUCCAAUAUUCCUUAAAAAUCAUGGGUCAUUAUAUGACGAACAGGCCCAGUGUAUACUUUUUAGGCUUCCAAUUGAGCUUCGACUUCGAAUUUAUGAGGAGGUUCUCCGCAUCAAGUCACCCAAAGUACAACUAAAAUGGUAUCCAGCAAGCCACCGAACUUCUCCUCACUUAUCGGUUCUCUCUAUUAUUGAAACCUGUCGAAGGAUACACGCCGAGGCCGAGCCUAUUUUUUAUUCUAUCAACUACAUACAGUAUUCUGUCACAACGCCUAGGCCAAGCACAAGUUUCUUUCAAACAAUCUCUCCAACACGCCUUGAAUCCAUACGAAGUCUAAUAAUCUCUGUUUCCUCUGGUGGAGAGGCACUACACAUAAUCCGAGAGUUGAUGCCGUUAACUAAGUUGCAGAAGCUGAUGAUAGAGCGACAGCAGUGCGUCCGUUACAUUGACAUUCAGGCAUGGAUAGUUCUAGCUAAGCAACUCAAGAUGGAGCUGGAGAAGUUAAGCGAACUGCAGAUACUAGACAUAAUCACUCCAGAGACCCCAAAGCAGACACCGGAAGAAGAACAAAGGAUGCGGCGAUUAGAUCAGGUUGAUGACUUUUUGCGAGAAGUCACCAGUGAAAACAAACGCCCCGCCGUUGCCUGA